ACACCAAGAGUACAACAUUCGUCGUGCUGGAUAUUUGACAUUAUUGUAUACAAAUAUAGCGGCACACGAUCGUAUUUAUUCGCGAAGUUUUGACACAUUCAGCAGAUUUUUGGAUACAUACAGCAAUUCAGGAGUUAUCCGCUGAGGAAAUCAAUUUGAGCGCAAUUAGACGAUCAGAUCGUAUACGAAUCAAAAAUCAAUUAAUUGGCAGUGAUUUUGUCAGGCCAUUUUAGUUAACGGCGCGCGUUUGUUAUACUUUUAACUUUGAAAGUUUUCUCCAUCGAUAGUUUUCGUUAAUCAACGUGAGGAAAAGUUCUAAUCAAGAUGGCAGUAGCAGCAGCACAAAAGAACCGCGAAAUGUUCGCUAUCAAGAAAUCCUACAGUAUCGAGAACGGGUAUCCAUCCAGGCGCCGGUCGCUGGUCGACGACGCGCGUUUCGAGACCCUCGUAGUCAAACAGACCAAACAGUCUGUUCUUGAAGAAGCGCGCCAGAGAGCCAACGAUUCGAGUCUCGAUGGCCAAGAACACAAUGGACAGAAUGAUUAUUAUGAUGACAAAGUACAAUCUGACUCACCAACCGCAGAAGAAUUAAAUGCAUGGGAUGACAACGGAAAAACAAUUGACGAUUCUGAACUCACUGAAGAAGAGGUAAUUUUAGCCAACGCAGCAGUCGAAGCCCCCGAAGAAGUUCAACGUGCAGCACUUGUGCUUCGUAUGCGCGAAGGAAUCGGUUCUCUGUCACGUGUAUUGAAGACAGUGGAACAUCAUCGCGCUACUGUUAAUCAUUUGGAAUCGAGACCAUCCCGCGAACCAGGCGUACAGUUCGAUGUGCUCAUCAAAGUUGAUGCCAGCCGCGCCAGCCUUCUUCAGCUGGUACGCGCUUUCCGCCAAAGCUCAGCUCUCGCUGGUGUUACUCUGCUUUCUGACGUCGGUGUUAGCGUCAAAGAAGCAUGGUUCCCACGCCACGCUUCCGAAUUGGACGACUGCAACCAUCUGAUGACCAAAUACGAACCCGAUUUAGACAUGAACCAUCCAGGAUUCGCCGAUAAAGAAUACAGAGCUCGCAGGAAAAUCAUCGCUGAAUUGGCAUUUGCUUACAAAUACGGAGACCCAAUCCCACACAUUGAAUACACUGAAGUAGAGAACCGUACUUGGUCAUCAGUCUUCAAUACUGUAUUAGAUCUCAUGCCAAAGCAUGCUUGCGCCGAAUACUGCGCUGUUUUCCGAAAAUUGCAAGCUGAAGGAAUCUUUAUCGAAGAUCGUAUACCACAACUUGAGACUAUGAGCGCUUUCUUAAGACGCAACACCGGAUUUUCACUUCGUCCAGCAGCCGGUCUUCUCACGGCUAGAGAUUUCCUUGCUUCAUUGGCUUUCAGAAUCUUCCAAAGCACCCAAUAUGUGAGACACGUUAACAGCCCAUUCCACACGCCUGAACCUGACUGCAUUCAUGAAAUUUUGGGCCAUAUGCCUCUGUUGGCCGAUCCAAGUUUCGCUCAGUUUUCUCAAGAAAUUGGACUCGCUUCACUUGGAGCUUCCGACUCAGAGAUUGAGAAACUGUCCACGGUUUACUGGUUCACUGUUGAGUUCGGCUUGUGCAAAGAAGACAACCAAGUUAAGGCAUACGGCGCUGGUUUAUUGUCAUCCUACGGUGAAUUGUUACAUGCUCUCAGCGAUAAACCAGAACACCGCCCAUUCGAACCAUCAUCCACCGCCCUCCAAGCAUACCAAGAUCAAGAAUACCAACCCAUCUACUACGUAGCCGAAAGCUUCGAAGAUGCCAAAUCGAAAUUCAGGCAUUGGGUGUCCGGUAUGUCCAGGCCAUUCGAGGUCCGAUUCAAUCCUUACACCGAACGCGUCGAAGUAUUAGACUCGGUCGACAGCCUGGAAACGCUUGUAGCGCAAUUGAAUACCGAAGUAUUGCAUCUGACCAAUGCCAUCAGCAAAUUGAGGACGACAUUCGGUUAAGCACAUUCGAAUAAGACGGAAGACUAUCUUACUAACAAAUCCUAUUUUAUGCACGCUCUUAACACUUGGACGGAACGCUCGGAUUGAGCGUUCCCCGUCACAAAUCUCAUUGUAUAAAGUUGUCAUUUAUAUUAUAUUAUAUUAUUAUAUGUAUUAUUAUUAUUUCAAGUACGUGAGCACGUAAGAUAAAUUAUAAGUAUUAUUUGCAAACGUACGAUCACUAUACACCCCUUACUAAUCCUAUUGUAUAGUACCCAAACCUUAAUAAAGUGUAGUCUUAUUAGAGGUGAGAAUGUAACGAGUGAUCGACCCAAUAUAUAUUGCGUGAUCUCGAACGGGCCGGAGAUGUCCUAUUGUGAUCUAAAAAUGUUGUACUAAUUAUCUAGGUACUUUAGUUUAAUCUAUUUGU